AUGAUUAUGCGACAGCUAGAAAAUACCAAACCGCCUCCCACUGCAACGUCAGAUGGGGGGCCCACCGCGUCUUCCAAACACGACAGUUUUGCCAAAAAGCUGAUCCACUUCUUCGAUCUCACACUGCUGCGAGAUAAAGUGUACCUCAACAUGAUGCUCGGCAUGUCGAUCGCCGUUUUUGCCGAGAUCAACUUUUCUCUGCUGACCCCAUUCAUCCUGGGCGAUCUGGGCUAUGGUACGCUUCAGAUAGCCUCCAUCAUGUCCACCCUAGCCGUGGCAGAUCUGUUGUUUCGCUUCAUCAGCCCGUUCGUUGGCGAUUGCCUGAAGCUUAGCCCGCGUACCAUGUACAUGUUUGCGCUCACGCUGCUGAUCGUGUUUCGGUUUAGCAUAUUGCUGGCGCGAGACUACAGGGAGAUGAUGUGUGUGGCCGUUGGGCUCGGAAUCGCCAAGGGUGUACGCUCGGUGUACAUGAGUCUCGUCAUACCGAGCUAUAUUCCGUUGGAACGGCUUCCGUCGGCUUCCAGCAUACAGAUGACGACGAAUGGGAUCAUCCUUAUGACGAUCGGUCCGUGCGUUGGAGCGUUGCGCGACUGGACCGGCAGCUACUCGAAAAGCAUCAUCCUCAUCAAUGCGUUCACCAUCGUCACGCUGCUCAUGUGGACGGCGGAGCUCGUGUACUUGCGUCGAUGCCACCGAAAGCGAUCGCCACCGCCCACCGAAACGCCCAAGGUGUUCAACUCUUCUUGA